AUGGAGGGCAAGCUGUGUGUGGGAGAAGACUAUGAGAAGGAAUUUGACCCCAGUGUCUACGUGAGGACCUACUACCCCUUCGACGCGGGCAAUACUGCUGAGAAUGAAAUUCUGAAGUUCAGCCUGGAAAACCUCUUCCACACCUUCUCUGCAGGAGGAGUCGGGGGUGACAUCCUGAUCGACAUUGGCACCGGCCCCACCAUCUACCAGCUGCUUUCGGCCUGCGAGGCCUUCCGGGAGAUCAUCGCCACGGACUACGCCGAGCAGAACCUGCGCGAGGUGCAGCGGUGGCUGCGCAAGGAGCCGGGCGCCCAUGACUGGUCCCCAGUCGUGCAAUACGUGUGUGAGCUGGAGGGAGACAGAAGCAAGUGGCAGGAGAAGGAGGCGCGGCUCCGAAGGACAGUCACGCGGUUGCUGAAGUGUGACGUGACCAAGCCGCACCCGCUGGGGCCUGCCCAGGUGCCCCCGGCCGACUGCGUGCUGUCUCUGCUGGCCCUGGAGAGUGCCUGUCCCGACGUGGACGCAUACCGGGCAGCCAUUCGGGGCCUGGUCAGCCUGCUGAAGCCAGGCGGGCACCUGGUCACCUUGGCCGUCCUGCACUGUCAGCAGUACCUGGUGGGCCCCAAGAAGUUCUUCUGCCUUGACCUGGAGAAGGAGACGGUGGAGAAGGCCGUGCAGGAGGCUGGCUGCCAGGUGCUGACGUGCAACCACUGCACCCUCAACUACUCUGAGACCUACACCACCAACGACGGCAUCUGCUUCGUGGUCGGCCGCAAGGGCCCCGCCAUCUGAGGCCCAUCUGGCAGAGGAGGGCCUGCCCCACAGGAGGAGUCACGAUCAGCCUUUCUAGGGUCUUGCUCCACAGCCCCCCUGAGAUUCCUACUACUACCUGGUCCCGAGGCCACACGGCACAGGUGAAAACCACAAGUUCCCCCUGAAUCCAGCCCAGGGCCCUGUUCCCC